AGUAGGUAAUAAUGACGGCACGGACAAAAAAAUAUGUAAAGCCGAGAGACCGAGAUCUGAUCUGUGAACUGGCUACCAUCCUAGUCCGGCAAUUGAAACGCAGUCAAAAUAAAACAUCAACAACCAAAGAUUAUAGCACCAAGAUUAGUAAUAAAGGCAGGACGAGGGUAAAGCUGGGUAGUGCAGAAGUUCCAAGGCGGAGCACAGCGAAAGGGAGAAGUGAGAGUUGGAAGCUGUCCUCGAGGAACUCUUCCCGGAGGCAGAAGAAAUGUAUUCGGCGGUGAAGCCGCUCUCCAAGUAUCUACAAUUCAAGUCGAUUCGCAUCUACGACGCCGUCUUCACCAUCCAUUCCAGGUGCACAGUGGUCAUCCUCCUCACUUGUUCCUUACUCCUGUCAGCACGUCAAUACUUUGGUGAUCCCAUCCAGUGUAUCAGCGAGGAGAAGAACAUUGAGUAUAUCCAAUCCUAUUGCUGGACCAUGGGCACUUACAUUCUCAAGAUGGAUAACAAUAGCGAACAGCAAAUCCAGUUGCCACCGGAAUUAGCCACCACCACCAUUUCAUCAACAUCCGCAACGUCGUCAUCGUCGUUAUCCACACCCGCAACAACGGCAUAUUCCCGUACCCGUACCAGAUUUCGUUCCAGAGAUUAUCUUCGCAAAUUGGUGGACUACAAUGAGGUCUAUGCCAGAGCCAUGUCAAUAGCCGAGGGCGUGGGUCCCGAAAUCCGUGGUCAAUCGGAGAGGGAAUACCUGCGUUACUAUCAAUGGGUCAUAAUCCUGCUGCUCUUCGAAUCCUUCGUCUUCUACUUUCCCUCAUGUCUGUGGAAGGUUUGGGAGGGCCAGCGGCUUAAGCAACUCUGCUCGGAGGUGGGUGAGGCCCUGCUCUCGGAAGAUACCUACAACACCAGGCUGCGCCUGCUGGUCAAGUACUUCACCACCGACUACGAGGACAUGCACUUCUGCUACAUGGCCAAGUACGUCUUCUGCGAGGUCCUCAAUUUUCUCAUCAGUGUGGUGAACAUAAUCGUUCUGGAGGUGUUCCUAAAUGGUUUCUGGUCAAAGUACCUUCACGCCAUGGCCUCCAUUCCUUUCUACGACUGGGAUCGUUGGAAUCGUAUAUCCUCGAGUGUCUUUCCCAAGAUCGCCAAGUGCGAGGUGCUUAAAUUUGGAGCCAGUGGAACGGCUAGUAUUAUGGACAACCUGUGCAUCUUGCCCUUGAAUAUCCUGAAUGAGAAGAUCUUUGUAUUCUUGUGGGCGUGGUUCUUGCUGAUGGCUUUUAUGUCUGGACUGAAUCUUCUCUGCCGACUGGCCAUGAUCCUUAGCAGGAAUCUCCGCGAGCAGAUGAUUCGCAGUCAGUUGCGUUUCAUGAGCAAAAGGCAUGUGAAGCGAGCCCUGGGCGACCUAACCAUUGGGGAUUGGUUCCUGAUGAUGAAGGUCAGCGUGAAUGUGAAUCCCAUGCUAUUUAGGGACUUAAUGCAAGAACUAUGUGAACUGCGAACUUCCUCAUCGGCCAGUACUUUGGAGAGUCCCGUCUAGGAUCUUUAUGGAAUCCAGAAUUACCAGAUCGAUUCGAUUCCUCCGCCGACCGACCCUCGACCUAAGUGACGUUGCCGUCGUGCUUUCUUGCUUUCAUACACAUGGUUAUUACAUAUAUAUCACUAACCCUUUGAAAAUAUUGUAUUUCUAUGUUUUAAAAUAUUUGCGUGGAUCAAAAAUUGGUGAAAAAUUAAAUAGACUUUAGACUCUUAAGAUUGAUUUGAGUUUUCAAUAAGCAGAGUGGAAGGAGUCAAGAUUUUUGAUUGUCAUAAAUGUAGGUACGUUUUAGACCAUAAAAUAAGCCUUAGUUAGUUCCUUUUCUAAUAAUAUGACUAAAUUGCAUGAUUAUAUUAUUAAAUCUCUUACUUUAUUUUGAUUUUUCUAAACCCUCUUAGCCAGAUAUAUUUUUUCUUACCAAUU